UCUAUAGAUCAGCUGUCAGCGCUGCUGCAACACCGCGCAGCGAAACGCUAGAUAGAGCGAAGCAUGGCGACGGAAAGACAGAAGCUGAAGGUGUUCUACGCCGAGGGGAGCGUCGAGGCCGAUCAAACGAACACGUGCCUCGUCUGCCCGAAGGUCAUCGACCUCGGCGGCGGCCGCCGAGGAUUGCUCGCGAGAACGACGGAGACCAAGGCGCCGACGUGCGCGCACUGCCUCUGCGCACUCGGCUUCGCCGGCUGCACCAACAGGCCGCGGCGCGGCCCCUUCGUCGUGGCCGCGUGCGCGGCGUGCGUCGACGGGCUCAGAACCCGCGCGGCGUCGUACGCGCCUACAAACGGCAAGCUCAGAAACCCCAUCCGCGGCGUCGUCGACUGCCUGGCGCUCAUAGAAGAAAGUAACCCCCAAAACCUGACGAAGCAGCCCCUCCAUGACUCGGUGCGGAGCUUUCACGGCGGCUCGGUCAGGGUGGCGAAAGACAUCUACGCCGACGCUGGAAAACCGGGCUUGGCGGAGCGGGUCGUGACGCAGCUCGCUCUGCAGCAGCGGGACCCGGACAUCGCCAAUGCGCUGCGGGUGCAUCCGGCGAACCAACCGCGCCGCAUUCCGACGCUUUCCUCCCGGAAGGGGGGCGGCGGUCUCCGCGGGAUGGAUGUUGGUAGGGGGGCGGGAAGCUGCCUACCCUUGGACGCCCGUUCGUCGUGCAACCUCGAGACAGCUGGAGACGAGCCGCUCGCGGACCUCGAUUUGGUUGCGGAGGCCACGCUGGAGCGCUACCGCUGCGCCGUGGACAAGUCGAAAGGGAAAGACGCGGACGAGCGGCUCCUCCUCAUCUACGCGAUGGAGGCCGCGGAGAAGCUCGCGGCGACGCUGGCGCACGCGCCGCGGGCGAGGACUCGACGCACGGCGCCGCGCAAGGCCGACGCGCUCGCGGAGCGCAUCCUCACAAGAGCGAAGGAGAAAGCUGCCUUAGAGGCGUCGCGGUCGCCAGGAGAGGUGGAGCGCCUCGCCGAGAAGCGCAAGAAGAACGCGCUCGCGGCCGCUGGCGUGUCCUACGCCGAGCAGGCGGGCACGGACCCGCACGACGGCGAGGCCACCGUCGAGAAUCACCGCACAAAACUAGAUGACCAAAAGAAGAAAGCGAGGGGGAGGGCUAGGAGGCGGCGCGAGAAAGCGAGGAACGAGAGCGGACUGGAUCCCGUGCAGGACGCCAUCAAAAGGAAAGAGAGCUCGACUGCGAAAAGGCUCGCGGCGCAUAAGCGCGCGAAGGAGGACCCCGACUCUGGCAGAUGGGUCGUCUGCAAGCACGAGGACUGCAAGUUACACGGCGUCAAGAUCAUGUAUCAUGGCGCCUCCUUCAAGCAGUGCCCGUUUGCGGACGGCGGGUGCGGGCGGCGCAUGGCCUUCAUGUAGGCGCCCACUCCAUCGAAGACGCAGUCCACUAGUAAGU